AUGAUAAUUUACGCCAAUCCGACAUUCUACGUUUUCCUAUCCACGCUUGCUGCUUUCGUUCUAUUGCUUCUCACUGUGUUUUCGGUGCCGAUGGUGUCCACGUUUUAUUUUAUGCACUCGAGCCAGGCUAAUGGAGUGAGCUUUGGGAUGUGGGGGUGGUGUUUGGAUGAGGGUGAUGUGUGCUCGCCUUUACAGUUGGGCUUCACAUGGCAGCCUGAGAUCGACAACCCUAUCACGAAAGCUUUUGUAUUUUACCCAAUAUCUGCUAUAUUCACAUUUCUGACGAUGGUCUCGAUGAUGCCUGUACUCUGCGUUCGGACGGAGCGAAGCGAUAAAGUCUUCCGAAUUUUCGCAUGGAUCUCCUUCGCAUUCUCAUCCCUCGCUUUCCUCUUCAUGAUUGGGAUAUGGGGCGUCGCGAAGUCGAGAUUCGAGAAACGAGGGUUCAGCGCUACAUACGGAAACUUGCCUUGGAUGUCGCUCUCUGCGACUCUCCUGUUGCUCGCGGUGUCUGUUAGCCCGUAUUUCCUCGCGCCGCCUCCUAAGAAAUCUUCGCGGCGCUCCCGCCCGAGACAAUAUGAUGCUGAAGCCCGUCCGAGACCUAAAGCUCUUGCGUAG